CAGCACAGAACACAGGAUCCUUACUGUCGGACUGCGGAGCGUGCAGUGCACUGGGACGUCCCGAGUCCGUAGCCAUGAGCCGGCACGACCUCAGGAGGCUUUUCUCGGCGUGCGAUCUGAACCGCUCGGGGCUGAUAGAGUUGGAGGAUUUUUGCGGCGUUUGCCGGGAGCUCGGCGUCUCCAGUUGCCAGGUCUCCCCCCUCUUCCACAAGCUGGACGUGGACAACGACGGCUCCAUAAACUUCAAUGACUUCACCUCCGGCUUCGAGGAAGUUUCCGAGGUCCUCGACCUGUCCUCGUUCGGCUCCGAUGGCUCGCAAGUGGCGCAGAAAAUGGCCUGGGACGAGUUUGAGGAGCGAUUCGGGGAUGGGGUGCAGUACCUGCGGAGCCGAGAGAAGCUGGCCCUUUUCCACCAGCAGAUCCGCGCAGUUUCCGACCAUGAUUUGUGUGAGCACUAUGAGGAGCUGAUUUACGGGUUGAUUAAAGACAGUAGGAUCCAAACCCUGGAGACCGAUAAUUUGGAACUGGCACUCAAAAGGACCGAAGCAAUGGCUGAAGUUCGCCUGUCAGAAAUGGAAGAAGAUCUACAACAACAGACUGCAAAAGUGGAGCAGAAAAUCCGGGAGGAGGAGCAACAGAAAUUCAAAGCAGCGGAAAUGCAGAAGCAUCAUGAAACUGAAGUUGCUGAUCUACAGGCAGUCAUUGACCGGAUGAAAAAGCUCAAUGAAGAGCUGUGGAAUUCUAAUGCUAAAGGGGACGUCUCCGUGCUGAAAUUACAGUUGGAUGAAUUAACUCGGGAAAAUGAGCACUUGAGAAGUUCCCUUCUGAAGAGCCAAACUGAUAUUUCUAUUCUGGAAGCUACAGUGGACAAAAUGAAAAAUGAAGUUUCUGAUCAUCAGCAAGAUCACAUUCGGGCAAAAGAAGUUAUAAAGAAACUAACAGAAGAGAAUGAAGUCUCCACAAAUCAGAUACAGAUGCUUCAAGAAGCGAACAAGGCCCUUUACGAUAGCAAUAAUUCAUUAAGAAGUGCUUUGGAAAAGAGUCGCAGCGCAAGUAAAAAGAAACAUUCCUUAAUUGAACCAGAUGGGACAGAAGAACAAAAUAGAUUGCAUACCAUUAACUACAACAGUAUUUCCAAUGGAGAUGUUGACGCUGUGAUUUUGAACAACGAUGAAUCCAGUCACAGAAUAUCUGCCGUAGCAAACUGGGCACAUCGAUACUUGGACAGUGGUGUGUCCACGUCUCAGGAUGUGGCAGAUUAUUCUUCUGAUGACUAUGACAGUGAUCGCAGUAAUGAUUCCCAUGAAACAAUGCACUAUAGUUACUCGUAUGUGGCUUCAGAUGCAGAGAUUCCGGAGGUGAGGACGGAGGUGGACGGAGUAGCUGGAGGCUGGAAACCCUUGCGGCCGGUUAGUCGCUGUAGCUCCACGGCAUCUUCCCGGAGGCGUUUACCAGCAUUUUCACCCAAGACAGACACCUUUAAAGGGCCUGACUUCCGGGGAGAUGGACCCCUCUACAGACUUGUUCUCGCAGGGGAUGCAGGUUCAGGGAAAUCAAGCUUUCUGCUGCGGCUGUGCAUGAACGAGUUCAAAGGACACAUUCCUACCACACUGGGAGUUGAUUUCCAAAUGAAGAAGCUAUUGGUUGAUGGUGAAAGUGCCACAUUACAGAUCUGGGACACAGCAGGACAGGAGAGGUUUCGUAGUAUUGCAAAGUCUUACUUCCGAAAAGCUCAUGGCGUGUUGUUGCUAUACGACGUGACCUCGGAGACUAGUUUCUUGAAUGUCCGCGAAUGGAUUGACGAAAUUAAGAAUUCUACUGAUGACCCGAUACCAAUCAUCCUAAUUGGUAAUAAAAUAGAUCUAAGAAAGGAAAUGCCUCAAGCACAGUGUAACGCUGUAUUGACUGCCCACGGAGAGAAGCUAGCUAUGACGUAUGGUGCUUUGUUUUGUGAAACAAGUGCAAAGGAUGGGACCAAUGUGGUGGAAGCAGUUCUGCAUUUGGCCAGAGAGGCCAAAAAGAUGGCAAGCAUCAAGAAAAGUGAACCACUGAUGAAACUACUGCCAGCAGAUGGAAAAAAAUCAAACAAUUGCUGUAAAACUUAGGUGUACAUGUAGAAGUGGAUUGCAGUCUUUCACUGACCUAUCUUGGGUUACCUUUGGGAUUUGUGAUGAGUGUUCACAAAAUAUUAUCACCUUUUUUAAAAUCCUUUACUCUCAUUUGAGAGCAUCUCUAUCUGCCAAUAUAUUGGCCGUAACAAUGUAUAUUUUUGAGGGUACACAGAUAUAGGUAUUUAAGCAGAGGCACACUUAUUUUCUAUUUUGUGAUGGUAUUGUAUCAAUAUAAAACUUGACACUUUAAACAGAUGUAAAAAGUAAAAUAUAUGUUUUGUAAAAUGAAGGAAUGUUUGCAAUGGCAAGGUCUGUUCAAAAUAUUGAUUAGAAUCUGAAAUA